CAUGACACGUGCAUCUGAGAGCAAUAAAACGAGAAAAAUAAAGGAGAGGUUAUACCAAACAAAACUUGGAGAUCCAAUUACAAUUUACAAAUCCAAAGAACCUCUCCUUCCAUUCCAUUUCUUUCAUUCUCUCUUUCAAAGGAAUCCAAAAUCCACCCCAAAAUAUAUCCCCUAUUCUUAUUUUUAUUCCAAUUUUUCAAAUAUCCUCGUUCAAUUUCAUUACUUUUGAGAAGUUCCCAUCAAUAUCCGUUUUUUUCUUUUUGGUUUUAUGAGAUGAAGUUUUAUGCACAAAUUUCUCUCCACAACAAACCCAUCAUCAUAGCAUAUGGAAGACAAUGAAAACACCACUCAGAAGUUACUUGAAAGUUCUUGUCGAACUGAGUAAGCUUGUAUUGGUCGUUAAUGGGUAACGUUUAAGAAAUGUAGGCUUCGUUUGAUCACUGAUAUGGAUUACUACAAAAUUUUGGAGGUUGAUUAUGAUGCAACAGACGAGAAGAUAAGAUUAAAUUACCGAAUGCUUGCACUGAAGUGGCAUCCUGAUAAGCACCUGGGUGAUAGUGCAGUUACCGCCAAAUUUCAAGAUAUCAAUGAAGCUUAUAAAGUGUUGAGUGAUCCAGCUAAACGAUUUGAUUAUGAUUUAACUGGAAUACAUGAGAUUGAUAAGUAUACUGUGCGGGAAUAUCUUGCCAGAUUUAAAGGAAUGAUACUUACGUGCAAUGGGCUUGGUAUCAGUAAUACAUCAACAUGGACCCAGCAACUGACUGAAACCAAAGACUUAGCAGAAAAAUAGGGUGCGAUUCCAGCCUUGAACCUAUGGAUGAAAGCAUGGAUACCAUGGUGUGAAAACAACGUUGGAACAAUCAAGUAAUCUAUAGAUGCAGGUGGAGCUGUUUGCCAUGUUCCAUUACAGAUGAAAAUGUUAACAAUCAAGAAGAUGAACUCAAUUGGAUUCACAUACACUGUUUUAGUUCAGUCUUCACAGGAAAACUUUGCAUUCUUAGGUCAGAUUGUUUUCAUGGGAGCCCACAGUUCUUAGAUGUAAAAUGACGAAGAUACAAGAUCUUUAGCACCCAUGGGUCAUUCUUAAUAACAAGAUGAUUGUUUUUACCAA